CUAGACCCAGAACCAAAGGCAAGCGCCAGUUCAGUUUAUUUUUGACCGUCGUUUCGUUCGGACGCGCGAACUCGAAGCUUAUCAGUGUGUAGUGUGGAAGAUUUACCAACAGCACUUUUCCCACACGGAUUUUCCAGCGAAGAUAAAUAGUGUGCAUUUGGAAGUGAACGAACGGGCAGCUGCAAAAGCAACUAUAGUGAGUGAUAAACGAUAGAACGGAAGUAAAAUUUGGACCAGUUGGAUACGGAAGCACCAGUUGCAGAAACUACAGAGAUUCAGGCACGAAAAAGCCACAAACAACAAUCGUUCGCCUCGCUCUGAACCACACAGGAACCGGAUGUAGAUCAAUGAAUCCGACGAACGCGACGACAAGCGAGGUGACAACGACGACGGGGACGACGCCCUACAGCAGCGCCACCCGUCGAUGGUGGUGGUAUGGGGUACUGUUGGUGAUAGUCGUCGGACUGGGGCUUCCGUCGGCGGUGGCCCUGAGAUGCGACCGGACACCGGAGGGAUCCGGUGCGAGUAAAUCGCCUGCCGAUGGGCGCUUCCGGCUCAGGAUUUCCGGCAAUCCGGACAAGUACGUGCCCGGCGAGACGUACACCAUCAGUCUGGUCGGCAUCCGGUCCAUGCAAGUGCCCCACAAAUUUUCCGGAUUCUUCUUGGCCGCCGAAAAAGAACUGACCCUUAGUCGGCCGGAGCCACAAAACAACGGAGCACUGCACCACGUGGGAACAUUCAACCUGCUGGGGGAUGCCCUGACCAAGUUCAGCGAACGCUGCCCAAAUGCGGUAACCCAGACCAGUUCGAUACCGAAAAGCGAAAUCCAGGUCAACUGGGUGGCGCCACCAGCCGGAAGCGGCUGCAUAGCGAUCCGGGCAACCGUAGUGGAACACCGGGACGUGUGGUACAUGGACGAUGGUCCGUUGAGCAAGAUUUUCUGCGAAGACGAAGCGGACUCCGUGGAUACUCAACCACCGGUUCUAAAGGAAUGCUGCGCAUGCGACGAAGCAAAGUACGAAUUGACCUUUGAAGGCCUGUGGUCCAGGCAUACUCACCCGAAAGAUUUCCCUUCGAACGGAUGGUUGACCCGAUUCAGCGAUGUCAUUGGAGCAUCCCACACCGUAGACUAUCGCUUCUGGGAAUACGGCCAAGUGGCCAGCGAAGGAUUGAAGCAAGUGGCUGAGCAUGGUUCAACUCGGAUGUUGGAGAGUGAGCUGAAGAACCAAAGUGACAAAAUCCGGACGAUUAUCAAAGCCAGAGGCAUAUCGUAUCCGAAUGUGACAGGGAAAACGUUCGCCGUAUUCCGAGUUGACUCCAAUCAUCACUUGGUGUCGAUUGUUUCGAUGCUGGACCCCUCACCUGAUUGGAUUGUCGGGGUUUCCGGACUGGAGUUGUGUUUGACCAACUGUUCCUGGAUUGAGAACAAAAUCUUGAAUUUGUAUCCAUGGGACGCAGGAACCGACAGCGGCCCAACCUACAUCUCUCCAGACCAACCAACCAAUCCCCCGGAUGCAAUCCGGAGGAUCAAGUCAAACUAUCCGAACGAUCCUCGUUCUCCAUUCUACGACCCGAGCGGAGCGGAGAUGAAGCCACUCGCUCGUAUCUAUCUCUCCCGGCAAAGACUCUACGAGAAGAACUGCGAAUCCGAUGACGAAGACAACGAAUCGAAACAAGCGUGUGAAACCGAACCGUGGGACGAGUGGACCGAGUGCAGUUCCCGUUGCGGAAAGGGUCGUCAAACUCGCCGUCGGCUGUUCAAAUACCCGGUCAAGGCGAAGCAGGCCGACUGCAAGAAGAAGCUUUUUGAGAGGAGACCAUGUGUGGGCCCAGAACGGGACUGCGACUACCAGACCAGCCAGGAGUUGGACAUCAUCUACCAGAGUGAUCCGGAGUGUGAAGUUACCGAGUGGGGACCGUGGAGUGAGUGCAGUACUCCUUGCGGUAAGGGUAACAAGACUCGAUCGAGGAAGUACAAGAAGAAGGGAGCGCGUAAGAAGUGUGAACGGAUGCCGAAUCCACCGAGGCUGCAGCAGACGGUACCGUGCAGUGAGGAGUGCGCCGGGGACAUUUCGCAGCCGGUGAUCAGCGCUAAUAUCAACCCCGAGUGCAAGAUGUCGCAGUGGUCCGAGUGGGGACCGUGCAGCGUAACGUGCGGCCUUGGUCGCAAGAUGCGUACCCGUAUGCCGUUGAGCGCUGCCUUGAACACCAAGUUGCAUCACAAGCGAUUCGUCAACUAUUAUUUGGCGAGAAGGCGCCCGACCAUGAACGAUGACGAUGAGGACGAAGACGACGAUUCCGGAGCCGACUACGACGGUGGCUUGACGACCCUGGAUCGGGAUGAUCCGUGCUACGGGGUGGAAACCGUAGAGGAGGUCACCUGUGGCCAUGAUCUGCCGGCGUGCGAUGGACUGUACGGAGUUCCUGAACUUUGCUUCCUGGAACCGAAACCUGGCAAUUGUCGGGAUUCACAGACGAGAUGGUACUUUGACAGCGACAAGAAUGACUGUUCGAUUCUAUUCUUUACGGGAUGCGGUGGGAACAAUAAUAACUUCAUGUCCCGUGAAGAUUGUUUGGACACCUGCAGUAAAGAUCGUAAAUUCACCAACAUUCCGAUCAGAGAUCAGACGAUCAUCAACUCCGACUACUCGUCGGACUUCAAACAGGACUGCAAGACUUCGCACUGGAAGCGAGGUCCAUGCAAUGCCACUUGCGGCGAAGGUUUCCGCGUGAAAAGUCGAACAAUUCUGGCUCAUCCAUCGAACGGUGGUCACCGGUGUCCACGGAAACUCCGCAAAGUGGAACGCUGCUUUGUGCACUGUGACUCCUCUCGGCACGAUACCAAUCCUUCGUGGGGACCCAGCACCCGGUACACGCCGGAACCGAUCGAGUGCGACUAUUCGGCCUGGUCCGCGUGGUCUCCGUGUAGCAAGACGUGCGGCGAUUACGCCGUCCAGCAGCGGACACGCUACGUGCUGAACUCGGAACACGCUCGGCACUGUCCGCAUCGGCUCGAGGAGCGAAAAUGUGAUAUAAUGCCCUGUUUGCUGGGUAACUGAGAAGGAGUGACAGGGGAGGCGAGAUUUGUUUAUUGUUUUACUGAAAUACUCGUUUAACAGAUCGUAGUUGAAGCACUUUUUAGACUGUUUGUUUAACUGAAUACUCACUACACAAUCUCUAAGGUACGUUUACUAAUCAAGUUGAAACAGAUUAAUUUAACAGAUAAUUAUUUCAAACAUUGUAAUCAAAUUGAUUGGCAUAUAAUGAUGUAAUCACAAUAUCAACAAAUAUGUAUAAGUAAAAUAGGGAAACAACGUUUUUUGUACAAGACACAUACACAAACACAGACAUUCAUUGGUAUAAACGAUGAACACAUAACCACUGAAUAAUUGAUCAAAAGCAAUGAUUUGAAUGUGUAAAAAAGGCUAAUCCAUAUAUUAGUAGUAAUGCAUGUGGCGACGGUGUAACAACAAAACCAACCAAAUCCAAUGUUUAAAUGAAUCAACAAUAAAGAAACCUGGGUGACUAUUAGAAGAUGAAACUGCAUCAACCGAAA